CCCUCUUGUGGAGUUGCCCGGGGCCCUGUGGAGGGAGGGGCUGGGAGACACCGAGAGUAAGAGAUAGUCAGAGACCUUGCCCGAGAGAUAAGGGAGAGCCGAGAGGAAGCGGGGUAGGAGCCCGAGGAGGAGGAGGAGAGAAGAGAGGGAGGGCGGAGGGGCGGCGGGAGGAGGGCGGGGAGGAGCGCUCUUCCUGGUUGGGCCCUGCCCUGAGCUGCCACCGGGAAGCCAGGCGCAGGGACGGCAGCGGCCCCCCCAACACCCCUCCCCCAGGAUGGCAGAGGAGAUCAUUACACCCGUGUACUGCACUGGGGUGUCAGCCCAAGUGCAGAAGCAGCGGGCCAAGGAGCUGGGCCUGGGCCGCCAUGAGAAUGCCAUCAAGUACCUGGGCCAGGAUUAUGAGCAACUGCGGGCACAGUGCCUGCAGAGUGGGGCCCUCUUCCGCGAUGAGGCCUUCCCCCCGGUGGCUCAGAGCCUGGGCUUCAAGGACCUGGGUCCCAACUCCUCCAAGACCUAUGGCAUCAAGUGGAAGCGUCCCACGGAGCUGCUGUCAAACCCCCAGUUCAUCGUGGAUGGAGCUACCCGCACAGACAUCUGCCAGGGAGCGCUGGGGGACUGUUGGCUCCUGGCUGCUAUCGCCUCCCUCACCCUCAACGACACCCUCCUGCAUCGAGUGGUUCCACACGGCCAGAGCUUCCAGAAUGGCUAUGCCGGCAUCUUCCAUUUCCAGCUGUGGCAAUUUGGGGAGUGGGUGGACGUGGUCGUGGAUGACCUGCUGCCCAUCAAGGACGGGAAGCUGGUGUUUGUGCACUCUGCCGAAGGCAACGAGUUCUGGAGCGCCCUGCUCGAGAAGGCCUAUGCCAAGGUAAACGGCAGCUAUGAGGCCCUGUCAGGGGGCAGCACCUCAGAGGGCUUUGAGGACUUCACAGGCGGGGUCACCGAGUGGUACGAGCUGAGAAAGGCACCCAGUGACCUUUACCAGAUCAUCCUCAAGGCACUGGAGCGAGGCUCCCUGCUGGGCUGCUCCAUUGACAUCUCCAGUGUUUUGGACAUGGAGGCUGUCACCUUCAAGAAGCUGGUGAAGGGCCACGCCUACUCUGUGACCGGGGCCAAGCAGGUGAACUACCGGGGCCAGAUGGUGAACCUGAUCCGGAUGCGGAACCCCUGGGGCGAGGUGGAGUGGACAGGAGCCUGGAGCGACAGCUCCUCAGAGUGGAACAACGUGGACCCUUAUGAACGGGAUCAGCUCCGGGUCAAGAUGGAGGAUGGGGAGUUCUGGAUGUCAUUCCGAGACUUCAUGCGCGAGUUCACCCGCCUGGAGAUCUGCAACCUGACGCCCGACGCGCUCAAGAGCCGGUCGAUCCGCAACUGGAACACCACACUCUACGAGGGCACCUGGCGGCGGGGCAGCACUGCGGGGGGCUGCCGGAACUACCCAGCUACCUUCUGGGUGAACCCGCAGUUCAAGAUCCGGUUGGAGGAGGUGGAUGACCCAGACGACUACGGAGAUCGCGAGUCAGGCUGCAGCUUCGUGCUCGCCCUCAUGCAGAAGCACCGCCGCCGCGAGCGCCGCUUUGGCCGGGACAUGGAGACCAUCGGCUUCGCCGUCUACGAGGUCCCUCCAGAGCUGGUGGGCCAGCCGGCUGUGCACUUGAAGCGGGACUUCUUCCUGGCCAACGCCUCCCGGGCGCGCUCCGAGCAGUUCAUCAACCUGCGGGAGGUCAGCACCCGCUUCCGCCUGCCGCCCGGGGAGUACGUUGUGGUGCCCUCCACCUUCGAGCCCAACAAGGAGGGUGACUUUGUGCUCCGCUUCUUCUCGGAAAAGAGCGCUGGGACCCAGGAGCUGGACGACCAGAUCCAGGCCAAUCUCCCUGAUGAGCAAGUGCUCUCGGAAGAGGAGAUUGACGAAAACUUCAAGGCCCUCUUCAGGCAACUGGCUGGGGCGGACAUGGAGAUCAGCGUCAAGGAGCUGCAGACCAUCCUUAACAGGAUCAUUAGCAAACACAAAGACCUGCGGACCAAGGGCUUCAGCGUGGAGUCGUGCCGCAGCAUGGUGAACCUCAUGGACCGUGAUGGCAAUGGGAAGCUGGGCCUGGUGGAGUUCAACAUCCUGUGGAACCGCAUCCGGAACUACCUGUCCAUCUUCCGGAAGUUUGACCUGGACAAGUCGGGCAGCAUGAGUGCCUACGAGAUGAGGAUGGCCAUCGAAUCUGCAGGCUUCAAGCUCAAUAAGAAGCUGUACGAGCUCAUCAUCACCCGCUACUCUGAGCCCGACCUGGCUGUUGACUUUGACAACUUUGUGUGCUGCCUGGUUCGGUUGGAGACCAUGUUCCGAUUUUUCAAAACUCUGGACACAGAUCUGGAUGGAGUCGUGACCUUUGACUUGUUUAAGUGGUUACAGCUGACCAUGUUCGCGUGAGGUGGGGUGUGGCCCCCCGCCUAGCUCCUCUCCUCUCCUGUCCGCCAAGCCACACCUCCUACCGCGCCACGACAGCCCAUGCCAGCUGCAAGUGCCUUCCUCAGAGCUGGGAGGUGCCCACCCUCCUGCCCCCUCCUCUCCCAGCCACGCCCGGUCAUCUGCCCUGAGCAGAGCUGUGUGGCUCUCCCUACCUGUACCAGCCAUGGGCUUGGGAUGGCCCCCCAGACCCUCCCAUCACCCUACCAGGAAGGCAGCUUUCGCUUGUCCCUGCCUCAGGACAGCCCCAGGCCCCCCAAGCAUCCAGAUGUGUCCCCUCCCCUCACUUCAGAGGCCACCCACCCAGCCCAACCCCCAGCCUCACUUGCGGACUGUAAACUAACCACUAGCUCUGCACACGCAGUGCAGGCGUGCAGAGCCCCCUCCCGGCUGGGGGAGCCCCGGGGCUGGGACGCCUGUGCCUUCCCUGCAGAAGCCAAGGCCCCCUCUCUGCCCGGCAGCCCUGCCCAGCCUGCAGGGUGGUCAGGCCCUCGCUCCCUCCCUCUUUUUUAUAUUGGUGAUUUUAAAGGGGACUCUUCAGGAACUGGUGUACUGGUUACGGGGGUGCCAGAGGCACUAGGCGUGGGGUGGGGAGGUCCCAUGUUUCCAUGUGGAGGAACCCCAAAUAAUAAAGGAAAAGACCCCA